AUGGCUGAGGAGGCAGUCCAAAACAUUUCUGGUGACCACGAAAGGUGUCUCCAGGCUGCCUGCUGCCUUUCCUUCAGUGGUGAGCUGUCUGUGAGCACUGACAAGAGCUGGGGUCUUCAUCUGUGCAGCUGUAGCCCUCCUGGAGGUGGACUGUGGGUCGAGGUGUAUGCUAAUCAUGUGCUUCUUAUGAGUGAUGGGAAGUGUGACUGUCCUCGGUGUGCUCUGAAGAGACAGGCAGAAGACCGGGAAUCACAGAGCCCAUCCUCAUUGCCUUCUGGGCAGAAGGACAUUUGGAAAACAACUCGUAAAGCAGCGUUAAGUGUUGUUAAUGAAAAAACACAGGCUGCUGUUAAGGAAAAAACACAGGCGCCUCUGGAUUGUGAUAAGAGUGCUGACAGAAUUCCCCGCAAACCUUCCAUUAUAAUCGUGAGGGCCUGGAGCAGUGGUGGCCCCAGGUUCCAUCACAGGCGGCUGUGUGCCACUGGGACCACGGACAGCACAUUCUCUGGCCUUCUCCAGGUCCAGGGCACCUCUUCUGCAGCAGCUCCCUGCAGCCUGAAGAUGGAGGCUUCCUGCUGUGUCCUGAGACUGCUGUGCUGUGCGGAGGAUACGGCCACGGGGCUGCUUCCUGGGACUGCCACGAUGGAGACCCCCUCCAAGGUGGCCAGACCCACUCAGACCAGCUCCCAGUGAGUACCCCUGUAGCCGAUUUCCCAUUUUCCCACUUCUCCCAGAAGCUCCCACAGCCUUCCACCCGGCACUCCUCGCACCUCCAGCUUCAUGGCAUUGCAGUCUGGUUCUGAGAUCCUCUAUCCCCCUACUCAGCAUCCUCCUGUGGCCAUCCUAGCUCAAAAUUCUGAAAACUCCAUGAACCCUGUUCUCGAUUGCUCCCUGGAAAUGGAAGCUUGGGCACCUCCAAAUCUGGGAUUCCGUGUUCAUAUGGCUUCUGGAGAGGCUCUCUGUCUGAUGAUGGAUUUUGGGGACAGCUCUGGGGUUGAAAUGAGGCUACACAACAUGUCUGAGGCAAUGGCGGUGACUGCCUACCAUCAGUACUCAAAAGGUAAGGUUAUUUUUUUUCUUCUUUUACAUUUUCAGUUGGACAUUUCCACCUACAAAGAAGCAGAGACAAAAAACAUGACUUUAAAAGUUUACUUGUGCCAAAGUGAAAACAGCUGCCAGGAAGACUCAGACCCCAGUAACCUUGGAUAUGAGCUUAUUUCUGCCUUUGUCACAAAAGAAGUCUAUAUGCUCAAGGCUGUUAUUUAUAAUGAGUUUCAUGGAACCAAAGUGGAGCUUGGGCCUUAUUAUGUGGAGAUUGGCCGUGAGGCCGUGUCUGCGUUCAUGAACUCCAGCAGUGUCCAUGAGGAUGAAGUGCUUGUCUUUACUGACUCCCAAGUGAAUCAGAAAAGCACUGUUGUUAUACAUCAUUUUCCAUCUAUUCCUUCAUAUAACGUGUCCUUUAUUUCUCAGACUCAAGUGGAUGACAGCCAGGCUUGGCACAGCAUGACUGUCUGGUAUAGGAUGCAAUCCGUCUCUGUCUACACAAAUGGAACUGUGUUUGCCACAGACACAGACAUUACAUUUACAGCUGUUACCAAGGAAACAAUACCCCUGGAAUUUGAGUGGUAUUUUGGAGAGGAUCCACCAGUGAGGACCACUUCCAGAAGCAUUAAAAAAAGACUCAGCAUCCCCCAAUGGUAUCAUGUGAUGGUUAAGGCUUCCAACAGGAUCAGCAGUGUGGUCUCUGAGCCCCACGUCAUCAGGGUGCAGAAGAAAAUUGUGGCCAAUCGGCUCAUGUCCCCCUCCUCAGCUCUGGUAAAUGCCAGUGUGGCCUUUGAGUGCAGGAUCAACUUCGGCACCGAUGUUGCCUACCUGUGGGACUUUGGGGACGGCACCGUCAGCCUGGGGAGCAGCUCCAGCAGCCACGUCUACAGUAGGGAAGGAGAAUUUACAGUGGAGGUCCUUGCCUUCAAUAACAUCAGUGCCUCCACCCUAAGAAAGCAACUUUUCAUCGUGUGUGAGCCCUGCCAGCCACCCUUGGUUAAGAACAUGGGGCCUGAGAUAGUUCAGAUAUGGAGGUCUCAGCCUGUGAGGCUGGGGGUGACGUUUGAAGCUGCAGUCUUCUGUGAUAUUUCCCAUGGUCUGUCUUACACCUGGAACUUGAUGGACUCUGAAGGUCUCCCUGUCUCCCUCCCUGCUGCUGUGGACACUCGCAGACAGACCCUCAUCCUCCCGAGCCACACCCUGGAGUAUGGGAACUACACUGUCCUUGCCAAGGUUCAGAUUGAAGGCAGUGUGGUGUACAGCAACUACUGUGUGGGCCUGGAGGUGCGAGCCCAGGCCCCUGUCAGUGUGAUCUCCGAGGGCACACACCUGUUCUUCUCCAGGACCACCUCAUCCCCCAUUGUCCUCAGAGGGACCGAGUCCUUCGAUCCUGACAACCCUGGGGCAACUCUCAGGUAUCACUGGGAAUGCGCCUCGGCCAGCUCCCCAGCACAUCCCUGCUUCGACUCCUCCAUUGCACACCAACUGGACGCCGCUGCUCCCACUGUUUCCUUUGAGGCACAAUGGCUCAGUGACAGCUAUGAUCAGUUCCUUGUGAUGCUGAGGGUCUCCAGUGGUGGCCGGAACUCUUCUGAGGCCCGGGUGUUCCUGUCCCCCUACCCUGACUCGGCACUCAGAUUCAUCCACAUCUCCUGGGUCAGCUUUAAAGACACCUUCGUCAACUGGAAUGACGAACUCUCUCUUCAAGCUACGUGUGAGGACUGCGGUGAAAUACUGAAUCUGUCUUAUUCCUGGGAUCUCUUUUUAGUCAAUGCCACAGAAAAUAAUAAGAUAGAAGUUCCCUUCUGCAGAGUAGUGGGGCUGCUGGGCUCGCUGGGACUUGGUGCCAUUCCAAAGUCAUCACAGUCAAACCUGCUUCCCACUGAGCCCGGCACUGUAGAUCCUGAUGCAACGACCACACCAUUCUCACGGGAACCUUCACUCGUGACCCUUGGCCAGCCUGCUCCUUCAGCUCCAAGGGGAACCCCCACAGAGCCCGUGACUGGAGUCUAUUGGAUUCCUGCUGCGGAGGACUCUGCAGUCCUGGGGGAGGCUCCAGAGGAAGGUUCACUAGACCUAGAACCAGGACCACAGAGCAAGGGAUCCCUGAUGACUGGCCCCUCUGAGAGAAGUCAGCCCAGCCACAGCCCUAGCCCUCACCUCUCUGAUUUUGAAGCCUAUUACAGUGAUAUUCAAGAAGCAAUACCAUCGGGAGGAAGACAGCCAGCGAAGGACACCAGCUUUCCAGAAUUAGGACCUAGCUUGAGUGCCAAGGAGAGCCCUGGAGAUGGGGAUAACCUGGUGGACCCCUCCUUGUCUGCAGGCAGAGCCAAGCCCGUCCUCAUGAUUGACUGGCACAAGGCCCUGCUGAGCCGAGCAGUUUUCCAAGGCUAUUCAUCCUCAGGUAUUACAGAACAGACGGUGACAAUCAAGCCAUACUCUCUGAACAGUGGAGAGACAUACGUCCUGCAAGCGUCUGUGGCUUCGAAGCACGGCUUACUGGGUAAAACUCAGCUGUACUUGACAGUCAACCCGGCUCCGCGGGACAUGGUCUGUCAGGUGCAACCCCACCAUGGUCUGGAGGCACACACCGUCUUCAGUGUCUUCUGCAUGUCUGGAAAACCGGACUUCCAUUACGAAUUUAGUUACCAGAUAGGAAACGCCUCCAAACACACUUUGUACCAUGGGAGAGACACCCAGUAUUAUUUUGUGUUGCCAGCUGGUGAGCACUUGGACAAUUACAAAGUCAUGGUUUCCACUGAAAUCACAGAUGGAGAAGGCUCCAAGGUCCAGCCGUGCAGUGUGGUAGUGACUGUGCUGCCCCGCUACCAUGGAAAUGACUGUCUGGGCGAGGACCUAUAUAAUUCCAGCCUGAAAAACCUGUCUACCCUCCAGCUGAUGGGGAGUUACACAGAAAUCAGGAACUACAUCACUGUGAUCACCAGAAUCCUGAGUCGUUUGUCUAAGGAGGACAAAACUGCCUCCUGCGACCAGUGGUCACGAAUACAGGAUGCAUUAAUUUCUUCAGUAUGCAAAUUAGCUUUUGUAGAUCAGGAAGAAAUGAUUGGUUCUGUUCUUAUGUUGAGGGACCUCGUGAGCUUCUCUAAUAAGCUAAGCUUUAUGAGUGCAGUUCUCAUCUUCAAAUAUACCCGGGCACUCCUUGCUCAGGGCCAGUCCUCAGGGCCAUUUGUCGUUGACAAAGGAGUGAGGCUUGAACUCAUCAGUCUCAUAUCUAGAAUCUGGGAAGUCUCUGAGCAAGGAAACUCGAAGGAGGAAGGCUAUCUACAUGAAGAAGGAAUUACGAUUAUCUCAGAUUUAUUGUUGAUUGGUGGAGUUGUGGGCCUCAACCUCUAUACCUGCUCCAGCAGAAGACCCAUCAACAGGCAGUGGCUAAGGAAACCCGUGAUGGUCGAGUUUGGGGAGGAAGAUGGCCCGGAUAAUAGGAGAAAUAAAACAGCAUUUGUAUUGCUUCGGGAUAAAGUGAAUCUCCAUCAGUUCACUGAACUUUCUGAAAACCCCCAGGAAUCUCUACGGAUAGAAAUUGAAUUUUCCAAACCUGUUACAAGGGCAUUUCCUGUCAUGUUGCUAGUAAGAUUCUCUGAGAAACCUACUCCCUCUGAUUUUCUUGUGAAGCAGAUCUACUUCUGGGAUGAGUCAAUUGUGCAGAUUUAUAUACCUGCUGCUUCUCAGAAAGAUGCCAAUGUAGGCUAUUUAUCCUUAUUGGAUGCUGACUAUGACAGAAAACCUCCAAACAAAUAUUUAGCAAAGGCAGUGAACUACACAGUACAUUUCCAGUGGAUCCGAUGCCUGUUUUGGGACAAGAGAGAGUGGAAAGCUGAACGUUUCUCUCCACAACCAGGAACUUCUCCUGAAAAAGUGAACUGCAGCUACGAUCGCCUCGCAGCAUUUGGUCUCCUAAGGAGAAAGCUGAAGGCCAGUUUUGAAGUGAGUGACAUUUCCAAGUUACAGAGCCACCCAGAAAACUUGCUUCCCAGUAUUUUUAUUAUGGGUUCUCUGAUUCUUUAUGGAUUUUUGGUCACUAAAAGCAGACAAGUAGAUCAUCAUGAAAAAAAGAAAUUUGGUUACAUCUUUCUGCAAGAAGCCCCCCUGCCGGGCCACCAGCUGUACGCAGUCGUCAUUGACACCGGCUUCCGAGCUCCGGCCAGGUUGACCUCAAAGGUGUACAUUGUUUUAUGUGGCGACAAUGGACUGUCAGAAACCAAGGAGCUUUCCUGUCCAGAGAAGCCCCUGUUUGAAAGGAAUUCCAGACACACCUUUAUUCUGAGCGCUCCUGCCCAGCUGGGACUGCUGAGGAAGAUCCGCCUCUGGCACGACAGCCGUGGGCCUUCCCCAGGCUGGUUCAUCAGCCACGUGAUGGUGAAGGAGCUGCGCACAGGACAGGGCUGGUUCUUCCCUGCCCAGUGCUGGCUAUCCGCCGGCAGGCAUGAUGGUCGCGUGGAGCGGGAGCUCACCUGUCUGCAAGGGGGACUCGGCUUCCGGAAGCUUUUCUAUUGCAAGUUCACAGAGUACCUGGAGGAUUUCCACAUCUGGCUGUCGGUGUACAGCAGGCCCUCCUCCAACCGCUACCUGCACACACCACGCCUCACCGUGUCUUUCUCCCUGCUGUGCGUCUACGCGUGUCUCACUGCCGUGGUCGCUGCUGGAGGGCAAGAGCAGGUGAGGUUGGAUGUCAGCCCCACCCUUGGAUCCUUCAGGGUGGGUCUCCUGUGUACCCUCCUGGCUUCUCCAGGGGCCCAGCUCUUGUCCCUGCUCUUCAGGCUCAGCAAGGAAGCUCCGGGGCCUGCCCGAGCAGAGUCACACUGCCCGCCUAGAGGAGAAGCACAGGCCGAGGCACCCCAGGGUCCUAAUUCCUACCAAAGGGUACCAGACGCACAGGAGCCAUGCAAGCAUCCUGCAUCAGCCAUUGUCUCUGGGAGUGGCAGGGCCCAAAGGAAGGUGGCAAGUGAUGAUGGCACAGCCUGUCCAGCCCCUAAGCUGGAGGCCCAUGGGGCUGACCACAGCAGGACUACUCUGAUGGGGAAGAGCCACUGUUGCCUUCCCUGUACUCAAGCACCCAGCAGUGGUUUGGAGGGACUAAUGCUCCGGUGGUCAAGGGCCCCUCAACCUUGGUGGAGCUCUGCAGUGUGGGCCAUUUGUGGGACCGCUUCUCUGGCCUGUGGUUUGGGAACAGGAUUUCUAGGCUACAGGUUUGGCCAGGAGCAGUGUGUGCGGUGGCUGCACCUGCUGUCCCUCUCCGUGGUCUGCUGUGUUUUCAUCACCCAGCCGCUUAUGGUAUGCCUCAUGGCCUUGGGUUUUGCUUGGAAAAGAAGAGCUGACAACGACUUUUUUACUGAGUCUUUACGUGAGGCUACCAGGGAUCUGGACUCUGAAUUGGCAGAACGUUCCUGGACUCGCCUCCCCUUCUCUUCAAGCUGCAGUAUUCCUGACUGUGCAGGCGAGGUUGAAAAAGUCUUGGCUGCCCGACAACAAGCUCGCCACCUGCGCUGGGCGCAUCCACCCUCCAAGGCCCAUCUGAGGGUCACCAGAGAGAGGAUGAGGAGAGAGAGUCGCACACAGGCUGCCCUGAGAGACAUUUCCAUGGACAUCCUCAUGCUGCUUCUGCUUUUGGGUAUAAUAUAUGGAAGAUUUUCUCAAGAUGAAUACUCCCUCAAUCAAGCUAUCCGGAAAGAAUUUACAAGAAAUGCCAGAAACUCCUUUGGUGGCCUGAGAAACAUCACUGACUGGUGGGACUGGAGUCUGACCACACUUCUGGACAGCCUGUACCCGGGAGGCUCCCCAACAACCCGUGUGCCGGGGGCUCAGCCUGGAGCUCUUGGAGGAAAAUGCUAUCUAAUAGGCAGUUCUGUAAUUAAGCAACUAAAAGUUUUUCCUAGCCAUUUAUGCAAGCCUCCCAGGCCAUUUUCAGCACUCACUGAAGACUCUAUUCCUACAUGUAGCCCCGAAGGUGGAGGCCCUGAGAACCCCUACCUGAUAGACCCAGAGAACCAAAACGUGACCCUGAAUGGUCCCAGGGGCUAUGGGGCAAGGAAGGACUGUGUGCUCAGCCUAGGUAGAACAAGGCCCGAAGCCCACACAGCCCUGUCUCGACUCAGGGCCAGCACAUGGAUUGACCACAGCACCAGGGCUGUGUCUGUGCACUUCACCCUCUAUAACCCUCCAACCCAACUCUUCACCAGCGUGUCCCUGAGCGUGGAGAUCCUCCCUACGGGGAGUCUCGUCCCCUCAUCCCUGGUGGAGUCAUUCAGCAUCUUCCGCAGUGACUCAGCCCUGCAGUACCACCUCGUGCUUCCCCAGCUGGUCUUCCUGGCGCUCAGCCUGAUCCACCUCUGUGUUCAAUUCUACCAUAUGAUGGACAAGGGUGUCUUCAGCUACUGGCGAAAACCAAGGAACUGGCUGGAGCUCUCCGUGGUUGGAGUGAGCCUCACCUACUAUGCAGUUUCCGGCCACCUUGCCACUCUUGCUGGAGAUGUCACUGACCAGUUUCACAGAGGACUUUGCCAAGCAUUUAUGGACCUCACCCUUAUGACAUCAUGGAAUCAGAGGGCUCGAUGGCUCCAGGGAAUCCUCUUAUUCCUCUUCACAUUAAAAUGCGUCUAUCUUCCUGGCAUUCGAAACACAAUGGCAUCCUGCUCCUCCAUGACGCGCCACUUGCUCCCCAGCAUCUUUGUAGCAGUGCUGGUGGCGGCCCUGAUGCUGGCUGCCCUCUCCCACCUGCGCCGAUUCCUGCUCACUAUGUGGGCUCUACCACCUGGUACCUUCACAGACGCCUUCCCCGGGCUGCUAUUUCAUUUUCCCAGAAGCCAAAAAGACUCCCUCCUUGGCCUUUCCAAGUCUGACCAGCGGGCCAUGGCUUGUUACUUUGGGAUCCUUUUAACAGUCUCUGCCACAUUGUGUUUUGGAAUGCUACGAGGUUUUCUCAUGACUUUACCCCGAAAAAGAAAAUAUUUUCAAAGUAAAUCUCUUGUGAGACUUAAAGAUGUCACUGCUUAUAUGUGGGAAAAGGCCCUCACCUUUCUGAGACUGGAAACACCAAAGCUGGAAGAGGCUGAGAUGGUUGAGAAUCAUAAUUACUACUUGGAUGAAUUUGCAAAUCUGUUAGACGAACUUCUGAUGAAGAUUAAUGGUUUGUCUGACAGCCUACAACUCCCUCUUCUGGAAAAAACAUCCAACAGCACAGGGGAGGCAAGGGCAGAAGAGAGUCCCUUGGUGGACAUUUCUAGUAAACAAGCUACUGAGCCAGCAGACAUCAAGGACUUCUAA